AGCAGGCGUCUCCAGGCCGAACUGGACGUACUUAUCUGUGAUUGCACUGCGGGGGCGCCCACCAACUACCGACCUGAGCGCUGCACAAGCACUGCAUCAGACAGCAGCCAGCGACCUUCCUGACCCGUGUCCGUCGUGUUCGAAAUCGAGAGCGACGUGCUUGGCUCGCCCAAGGUUCCCCCGUAUUUCGUCAACGCAACCGGGAAAGCCCGUGCGGCCCCCGAGCCAGAGCCUCAUGCCGCCCCUCCUCCCCGCCUUCAGCCUCAUCGCGUGCCUCCCGGUCCUCGUCCUGCUGCUGCGAGCACAGGCUGGCGCGUUCCUUCCAUUGGAGAUGAGCAGAGACGCAGGGCCGAGCACCGCAAGGAGCUUGAACGGCUCCGUGCCGCUGGACGUCAACAGUUACCCCGUUGCACCGCCGGAUCUCGAGCUUGAGCAGGUGCACGUUUACAUACGACAUGGCGAGCGCACGCCUGUCGGGGUGCGGAUGGCGGACCCGCCCGCGUCGAUCCCGAAGCACUGGAUGUUCUGCCAUACUGCUCGCAACUUCCGUGCCGCUGUUUCGAGCGCGACUCCGUCGAUCCCGGGCGUGAGAGGUCCGGUGGGCGGAGGGGAGGCGCAGCAGCAAGAGUCGCUCAGGACGGUGCGCGUAGUCGAGCGGCCGGAUGGGACGGCUGCUCCGGGAGAGUGUCUGCUGGGAGAGUUGACGGACAUUGGAAGGCAGACAACAUACGACUAUGGGCGCGGUCUCCGGCAGCUUUACAUAGACAAACUAGGCUUCCUGCCUGACGUAGCUAGUUCGCACGACGACGUCUACCUGCGAUCCACUAAUGUGCCGAGGACAAUCGAGUCGCUUCAGCAGAUCGCACAUGGCCUGUAUCCCGACUCGAAAAGCACAUCUGACUUCAUACCGCAGCUGAGGAUCCGCAACGGGAAGGAUGAGAACCUCUUUGGCAAUACGCUUGCAUGUAAACGACUCGAGAUCCUGCAAGUCGGCUUCGCAAAAGCUGCUGCGUCCGAAUGGAAUGACACUCUGGCCCCUCUGGACAAGAAGUUGUCAAAAUACAUUGGAGGAAAUCCCGUACGCUUAGACGGCAAACCGCGGGCUUCGGGCAUUUUGGAUACUGUCCGAGCCGCGAAUGCGCACGGAAUAGCAGUGCCGCCGGAGUUGAAGGACCCCGCCGUGGUGGAUCUCAUUGAGAAGGCGGUGGUUCACGAAUGGUUCGCAGGGUACCAAACUGAAGAGGUGCGCCGCCUGGGUAUGGGCCCGCUCCUGAGCGACCUUUCGCGCAAGAUGCAGGCGAAGGCGAUGAAUGCCUCAGGGGACUCACUGAAGAUCCUGAUACAUAGCACGCACGACACUUGCCUGGCCGCACUGUGCAGCACGCUUGAUGUGUUCGAUAACCGGUGGCCGGCCUUCUCGUCCGCCGUCACCUUCGAGCUAUUCCGGAGACGAACGCAGCCGGAGAAACAGCAGCAGUCGAUAUGGCAGAGCGUCCUCGCACCAUUCCGGCAGCACACAGACGCGUCUACUGAGCACUAUGUCCGGAUGCGUUACCAAAAUCGCAACCUGCCGCUGCCCGUCUGCGCCGAGGACGGCAAGCACCUCCCCGGCUCACCCGAGUUCUGUACACUGGCCGCGUUCCAGGAGCGGAUAAGGGAGCUCACCCCGGUUGACUGGGAUGCGGAGUGCGCACCCGCCGGCCUUCACGGGAAGCACGGGGGUCGGUAGACGGGCACGGAGUUUGUGCGGUAUAGAUGGCACGAAUAUUUUCUAUGUACUGGUUGCUUAGAGUAGGUCCUUCUCAGAAUUGAUGAUUAAGUCUUAUGUGCUGGGCGGAUGCCGCACGCAGGUCAGAAUUGUUGACUUC